AUGGCGUCGUCGCAGCAGGGUGGCCCAUCUACGUCGGCCACGACGAUGGAGGUCGACGAAGGGCCUCAGUAUACUUGGCUGUAUGGAUUGUAUGGUCAUGCAAGUAGUGUGACGGCUGUGUCAUUCUCGUACGAUGGCUCUAUGGUGGCUACGUGUGGGUCUGAUCACCUUGUGCAGAUUUGGGAGACGCGGACAGGCCGUGUAUUGCAUACCUUGCGUGGUCACACAGACGGUGUGAACGAUCUAUGCUGGACGCGUGACUCGCGCUAUGUUGCGAGCGCUUCUGACGAUCGAAGUGUGCGUCUGUGGGAUGCCCACGAGGGCACCUUGUUUCGCACGUUCCAAGGCCAUACCUCGUAUGUCAUGUGCCUCGCAUGCCAUCCUCUUAGCACUAUGCUGGUAAGCGGUGGCUUUGACGAGACCAUUCGGCUAUGGGAUCUCCAGCGUGGGACGUGCCAUCGAACGAUUGCUGCGCAUUCAGAAGCUGUGACAGAUGUGGAUUUCUGUGGUGACGGCACGAUGAUCGCUACAUGCUCCAAUGAUGGCCUUAUUCGUAUCUGGGACACCAAUGCAGGCAUAUGUCUUCGAACGUUACAGCAUGACGACAAAGCCCCCGUGGCAUCUGUGCAAUUCUCACCGUCGUCCUUGCAACUCCUUGUGUCCAGUCUUGACAGCGCUGUGCGUCUAUGGGAUAUUGCGAAUGCUCGUGUUCUCAAAACAUAUACCUCUCAUGUGAAUAAGCAGUAUGCCAGCACGGCGAUCUUUGUGUACCAACGCGUCGGCGACCAACUGCAGGUGUGGGUCGCCUGCGGCAGUGAGGACCGCAAAAUAUACCUAUGGGAUGUGCAGACAAAGCAAGUCGUCGCGACGAUCCCUGGCCACCGUGAUACUGUGAUCUCUCUUUCAGCACAUCCUACGCUUCCGCUCCUCGCCUCCGCCAGUCUCGCGCAGGACGCGAGCGCGAAAGGUCGUAGCGCGUCGCGCCUCGACGCGAGGCCCCAGGGAUCGCGAGCACGACGACGACGACCGAUGGCGUCUGUCCGGCGUACGCAGGUAGGCGUGCGUGCACCUGGUCGGACAGUAUCGGCCGGUGCACCGCCGAGUACGAUGUCGCGGCCUGCACCGCAAGGGCGAUCCGUGUCGGCAUCGCAUAUGGCCGACGAACGCAAGCGAGGUGUGGAAGCCUCCAUGCGUGUGCUCGUGCGUGUGCGUGGCACGGCGCCACGGGAGGAGAGCGUAUUUGAGACAGAAGGCACGCAGGGGACGUGUCUCACUGUUGUCUCAGAGACCCCUGCCACGUCUACCUCUCGUGCUGUGCCACGGUCGAAGACGUACUCGUUUGAUCGUGUGUUCAGUGCCGAGGCCGAUCAGAAUAUGGUGUACACUGACGCCAUGAGUGUGAUGCUGAACGAUGUACUUUUAGGCUACAAUUGCACUGUUUUUGCGUAUGGCCAAACCGGGACCGGCAAGACGCAUACGAUGGAGGGCGAUUUGUCGUCGUACAUGGAAACGUUUGCUCCUGAGGCUGGUGUGAUUCCACGGACACUGUAUCGUCUUUUCCAUGUCCUGGAUGUGCGUGGCGACGACUUUGCUGUGAAAAUGUCGUUGGUCGAGCUGUACAAUGAAGAGCUGCGUGACUUGCUGCGCGAUGAAGCCUCGUCCUCGUCGCACUCACAGCUGCGCAUGUUUGAUGAUACCCGAGGUCGUGGCGUUGUGCUGCAGGGGCUGGAAGAAGUGCCGCUGGUCAGUGCAGAGCAUGGCCUUCGCCUCCUGCAGCAAGGCAGUAUGCGGCGGCAUACGGCCUCUACGCGCUGCAACGAUGUGUCCAGUCGUUCUCACUGUGUCGUGACCUUUACUGUGCAAGUCAAAGAGACGGGCUUGCAUGGCGAAGAGCUUAUGCGUACGGGCAAAAUGAACCUAGUCGACUUGGCCGGCAGCGAGAGCAUUGGCCGCAGUGGCGCGGAGAACAAGCGCGCUCGAGAGGCUGGGCAUAUCAACCAAAGUCUUCUUACGCUGGGCCGUGUGAUCAAUGCCUUGGUCGACGGCAGUGCGCAUAUUCCCUAUCGCGAGUCUCGACUCACGCGCAUGCUUCAAGACUCGUUGGGCGGUCGAGCAAAGACAUGCAUUAUCGCUACGGUGAGCGACGACCGUGCGAACUUGGAAGAAACGCUCUCGACGUUGGACUACGCGUCGCGGGCCAAGUCGAUCAAGAACCGCCCUGAAGCGAAUCAGCGCGUAACGCGGGCGGCGUUGCUGCGUGAGUACGUGCAGGAGAUCGAUCAGCUACGCAGCGAUCUCGCCGCGACACGCACGAAGCAGGGGAUCUAUAUUAGCGAAGAGAACUGGGCGCGUAUGGAGAAAGAGAAAGCCGCCUUGCAUCGGCAUAUCGACGAGCAGAAACGUGCUGCGGAUGUGGCUGCGAGUCAGCUGGCGAGUCUUCAGGAGCAGCUCGAGCAGAACACGCGGGUGCUGGCGAAGCGGGACGCCGACGCUGCGCAGAUGGAGGCCGCCCAUGCUACGCGGCUGCAAGACCUCGAGCAGGCACUGAGUCAUGCGGCGCACUUGUCAGAGCAGUUGCAGGAGGAGACCAAGCUGCACCAUGCGCAUGCCGCGAGCGAGAAGCAGCUCAACCACGUCGCGCAUGAGCUGCGGCAGUUGGCAGAGCAGGCGACCGCCGAUGUGCAUGGCCUCUUUGCGAAGCUGGAACGGCGCACGAAUGCGGAUCAGCAUACCCACCAAGCGCUAGCGCACUUUUCGCAGCAGCUUCGCGAGGCGCGGCAGCGUGUGGAUGCCAGUGCCAAGACCGACAUCCCCCGUGCGCUGACACGCAUGAUGCAGACAUGGGGCGAAGAGCAGGGGGCUUUGGAGCAGGCGCUGCAGGAACGUCUGCUUUCGUUGACGCCGAGCUUGGAUGCGGCGAUGCUCACAGAUGUACGUACGUCGCUGCAUUCCAUGAUCACGUCGCACAUGCAGAGCCUGCACGAACAGCACAGUGCAUCGCUUCAUGCGCUCGUGCAGGCGGCUGAGACGCAAGCGGCGGAUCUCACAUCUCUCGAGAACGCGUACGAGGCGGCUACGCAGGCAUGGUCGCAGCAUCUGCGCGCCAUGGAGCAGGGCUACGAGAGCAUGGCAUGCCGACAGCGUCGCAAUGCCGAGACUUGGGCGUCUACACAGGCCACCCAGAAAGAGGCAUGGCACGCGUACGAAGCGGCGAUGGCCGCCCAAGCCGAGGCUGUCCAGCGUGCGUUGUCGACGUUUGUCGACACACAUGCGCAGCAGUCACGUACGCUUGCGUCGAAGCUCCACGACGAGGCCAGUACUGAGGCAUGGCACGCCUCGAUGGCGUAUGCGGACGACGUGCAUACGCAGCUGCUCUCGCAAGCACGCACAGCUAUGGCGACGCCGUACCAAGCAUGGGACGAUGCAUGGCACGCCGUGCACGCCAGCGCGGCGUCUUCGCAUCGUGCGCUGGCGUCGCAUCAUGACGUGCUGGAGACGACCGUGCCAUCGACGUCCAAGCAUAUGCACCAUGCGCUGGACGAAGCGUUGGCGCCUGUCCAGGCACAGUACGAUACAGCGUACAAUGCCGCCGAGGCUGCGUCGCACAUGGCCGAGCAUGUCCAGCAAGCCCUUGCGGCUAUGGACGUGACCUCGGCGGCGGCGGACGUCGUCUCCGAUGCGACGCACGCACACCAACGUAUGCAAGCGGCCGCGUCUAGUAUGGCGGAGCUGGAGCGUGCGUUUGUGCCGUUGGCUGCGCCUGCGCUGGCCUCGACGGGCGAGACACCGCAGCGUAGACCGCCUGCGCGUCUCCCGACAUGGGGCACGGUGCCGCCGAACCGCCAAGAGGCCCUGAGCUGGGAGCAGUGA